GAAAAACCUCUGAAAUGAACGACAUGCUGAUGAAAACAAAUCGGAUGUUGAUUGCGCGAACCGUGCACGAGAAAACAAAGUGAACGGAGUUGGAAGCAUAACGCAGUUGUGGACGUUGACGAUAAGUCAGUUUUCUCCAAUACCAAAUAUAUGGGUCCAGAGACGGAACUUGCCAAACAUAUAAAAAUGUUUCAUGGCCUUUCUGCCUGGUUCUCACAGAGUGUUGCAGCCAAGAGGAAACGGUUGUGGAAACAACAUGGUGGAGAAGAGGUGGACUUUGAUGAUGCCAAGUUUAUUUUUAGUGAAGACAGCGAAUGUGAUGACACAAAGAGACUGUACCAGAGUGAUGAGUACCUCAAUGAGUGUCUGGCGAUAUUCCACGCCAGCUACAUCAACCAAUGCGUCAAGGAGGAGGAUGUGGGGAAAGUGGUCUUGGGAAAGUAUUUUCUGCCUCCCACAGACAUUCAGAAAUUGACCAAGAUGAACUGGGAUUGGGCGAAGAUACCAGAUGGUGAAAGUACAAAUAGUGAGGAUGAAUCUGAAGAAGAGUCGACGUCACAGAACAAAACCAACACCACGAGAAAGAAACCUUCCGCUCACCCAGAAACCGUGGUUACUGGGAGCAAAGACGACAAGACAAGGAAAAAGCCUGCCUCACAGGUAACCAUGGUAACAGAUAACACCACAAGAAAGAGACCUUUCUCUCGUACAGAUAACGUGGCAACACAGAGCAGAGAUGACACCACAAGAAAGAAACCGGCUACUCAGGUCACCACGGCAACAGGUGGCAAAGAGAAAGUUUCAACUGGUCCAAGCAACAAAGUGAUGGAGAAAACACAGAAAUUAACCAUAACCGACGCAGUUCACAUAGACACACUGCCACGAAUAACUGGUCUUAUUGAAGACCUGGUACCUGGUCAGCACAAUUUUCAAGUUUACCUGAAGACGCCGUGCCCUCAAUCAUAAGGAUGUCUUUGUCUUACAUGCAAGACUUUAACCGUUUAUUUGAAAGUCUUUUUCUGGUGUGGGGAAACAGAUUCCUGAAUUCCUCAUCUUGUGGUGUACCAUUCAUGUAGGCAGUUUUAAAAACAAAACAGAUCAUAAGUGCUCUUACUAGGUGUUUUAUAAAUUGGAAAUCUUUUGAAAUUGGACACUGCAUUUGAUGGACUUUGAUAAAUUUUAGAAGCAGUUCUCUUACUAUAACCUGUCUAAAAAGGUUUAAAACCCAUUAAUUUUCACGAUUUUAGGGUAUAUAGUUAUUACCAUUUGUACCCUCUGGCAGAAACCCUGGUUUAUCUAGGAUUGCUGAUGUUGUGUGCACAUCAAGUCAAAUGAUCACAUUUCUAUUCAUCGUGUUGUUUUACUGGUUUGCAUGUGUGACUGUAAAUCUGGAACCUGAUUUACAAACAGUGUAAUGUGUACUUUCAAGUCAUAUCGAAAACUCAACUGAGUUCAGUGUUAUUAUGGAGGGAGAACAAAGGAAGAUGAAGAUGGUGGAAAUUGGGAUGGGUGCAAAGUGUUUAAUGCAUCAAAUACAGUAUGUUGAAAAAAUUUGGAAAGGGGGUGGGUUGCAAAGUGUUUAGUGCACCAAAUGCUGUAUGUCAAGUGUUGAAUCCUGUGCCAAAGCCGUUUAUGCUGCAUUUUGGCCCAAUAUGUCAAAAGGGUCUGUGAAAGGAGUUGGGGUUGUGUGCAUACCUCUAAACAGACUUUAAAGGGAGACUACUUGUGCCAGUUUACUGUUUGUUCAGUAUAUGUGCACACCCUGUACUGCCUCUGAAGACCUUUUAACAGUAUUUAAAGGGAAAUUACUGGUGUAGGUUUACAGUUUGUUUUGGUGAAUUUUCUUCAGAAGUCAAGAAGUCUGGAGAUGUCUAGUAUGAAGUGUCAGAAUUAUCAGGUGGAAGUUUAUGAUCUCAAAACCAUUAUACUAAUAUCAUGACAGAAUGUCAAACAUUGUUGUUUUUAUUGUUGAACAAAGAAUAAAAGGCUUUGUUUUGAUUAUAAAUAUAAUAAAUAAAUGUAUUAUG